CACCACCCAAAAAUCCAUCUUUCAUAGUCACACCACCAAGAUGGCGACCACUUCAUCGACGACCCAAGUGAUUGUCUUCACAAUCUCACUUCUCUUGGUCGCUUUCCAAGCAGUCCAUGCAGACUAUUACCGUCCAAGACCACCGGUUAUCCCUACCCCUUACGUCCCAAAGCCAUGGGUUCCACUUCCGAGCCCGAGCCCCAGGCCUGUUUAUCGGCCUCCUACUACCCCGAGACUACCCGCUGGCUCAAUCGCUAGACUGUUCCUUGACCCACAUAACUCUCUUCGGUCCAGACUAGGUUUGCCUCCAUUGGUUUGGGACGGCAAGGUAGCGAGCUACGCUACAUGGUGGGCUAACCAGAGGCGUUACGACUGCUCAUUGACCCACUCGACCGGCUCAUACGGUGAGAACCUGUUCUGGGGAAGUGGCUCGAGCUGGGCACCAGGAUUCGCGGUUCAGUCAUGGAUCGUUGAAGGCAGCUCCUACAACUACAACACCAACUCGUGUGACGGAAGUGGAAUGUGUGGUCAUUACACUCAGAUGGUGUGGCGUGACACCAAAAAGCUCGGAUGCGCAAGUGUGGUCUGUGAGAAUGGUGCUGGAGUUUUCAUCACUUGUAACUACGACCCUCCGGGUAACUACGUUGGCGAGAAGCCUUACUAAGGAAACAAAAACACUUUAAUUAAAACGGUUUUUCUUUCUUUUCUUGUUUGGUACUUUGAUUUCAUUUAAUUUCUUUAUAUUUUCUGUUUCCUAUAUCGUCGUGAAAUUAUAAAAUUUCCGACAGAGCUAAUUUGUAUGGAACAUCGUUAUUGUUGUUGUUGUUGACAUGUUGCUGAUGUUUUUAAUGUCCUAAAUGGUCAUGUCCUCAAAAUUUUGUUGAGUGGCCUUGUUAUGUAAACAAUCAGUGAGUGAGUUUUUCGAUUUACUUUUUUUUUUUCGUAUAGUAGAAUCAGAGUUGGUUUUAAAUUAA